CCCCCCACCCCCGCCACUUUCCCGAGCGCGCGCGCCGCGCUGUUGUGGCGCAAAAACCUGAGGCGAGGGAAGGUCGCCGCUCUGUCCCUUCGCCUCCCUCGCGGCUGUGGUGGUUGUGGCGGCCGCGGCGGCUCCAGCAGGAACCCCGCGAGCCCGGGCUAUGACCUGCCUCCCGAGCUACCUGAGCGGCGGCAGUCCCUCCGCCGCCCUCCGCGCCUUGCUCAAGCCUUCCCGGAGGCAGCAGCCGCCUGCCCCGCCGCCGCCGCACAGCCACCUCGCCUUAGCGCCCAGCGCAGCCCGCCUGGCCGCGUCGGUGGCUUCAGCCGCCGCCGCCGCCUUCGCCGCGUCCGGGCUCCUCUCUCAGCCGUUAGCGCUGGCGGGGCGAGGGUCUUCGCCGCCGCCGCCUCCGUCCGCCCCUUCCUCCUCGCAGCGCUGCCUCAGCUCGGAUGCUUCUUCGUCGGAGCUCCCUUCGCGGUCGGGAGGCGGCGUCGGGUUCCGCCCGGCCCGGGUGGUGGUGGUGGCCAAGACGACCCGCUACGAGUUCGAGCAGCAGCGGUACCGGUACGCGGGGCUCUCCGAGGAGGACCUCAAGCAGCUGCUUGCAUUAAAAGGCUCUAAUUACAGUGGACUACUGGAGCGACAUCGGAUUCAUACAAAAAAUGUGGAGCAUGUAGUAGAUAGUUUAAGGAAUGAGAAGAUUGAGGUCCGACUUGUGAAGCGCAGAGAAUAUGAUGAAGAGACAGUUCGGUGGGCAGAUGCUGUUGUAGCAGCAGGAGGUGAUGGCACAAUGCUUUUGGCAGCCAGUAAGGUGUUGGACCGGUUAAAACCAGUUAUUGGAAUAAACACAGACCCAGACAGAUCUGAAGGCCAUUUGUGUUUACCUGUACGAUAUACACACUCAUUUCCAGAUGCCCUACAGAAACUUUAUCGUGGUGAGUUCAGAUGGCAGUGGCGGCAACGAAUCCGUUUAUAUCUUGAAGGGACUGGCAUUAACCCUGUCCCUGUUGACUUGCAUGAACAGCAGUUGAGUCAAGAACAGCACAGCAGGGCCCAUGUUAAUGGAAGAUUUCAGGAUCAAAGGUCUCAGAUAUCUGAACCACACCUCUUGCCAGUGAGAUCAUUAAAUGAAGUGUUUAUUGGAGAAUCUCUCUCAUCCAGGGUGAACUAUAAGUCCUGCAAACCCAGUUUUAAAUUCUCCCUUCAUAGGGCCUCUUACUAUGAAAUAUCAGUUGAUGGUGGUCCAUGGGAGAAACAAAAGAGCUCAGGUCUCAACAUAUGCACUGGAACAGGAUCAAAAGCCUGGUCUUUUAAUAUCAACAAGGUAGCAAAUCAGGCUGUGGAAGAAAUCCUUAAAAUUGCUAAAAGUUAUGAGAGCUUAAGGCUUCCAUUGAACAAGGAACUUGUACAGAAAGUAACAAAUGGAUAUAAUGAAUCACUACUGUAUAGUCCAGAGGAACCCAAGAUGUUUUUUAGUAUACGAGAACCUAUUUCAAACCGUGUUUUUUCAAGUAGUCGACAACGGGGUUUUGCUUCAAAAGUUUGCAUUCGCUCUCGUUGCUGGGAUGCCUGUAUGGUUGUAGAUGGAGGAACUUCAUUUGAAUUUAAUGAUGGAGCAAUAGCGUCAAUAUUGAUCAAUACAGAAGAUGCACUGUGUACUGUUUUGCUAGACGAAUGAAGAAAAAGUUUGAACUACUCACAAUUCAAAGAAGGGAUGCUGCCUCAUUUCAGAUGUGAAACUUGCUCUUUCAUCUAGACAGACAUUGGGAAGCAACAAUUGAAACUGCUUUUCAUUCCUUUUGGAUGAGUAAUUCUUGGAAAACCAGUGUUUGUGAAGCCAGCAAAAUUGCAACGCUUCAAAAUCUUAAUGAAUCUGGCAGGAUACUUUAAAACCUAAGACAGGGCUUGGAACAAAUUGGUGUUAAUAAACUGUACAGUUCUGUAGUAGCUAUAUAGUACUGAUUCUGCAAAAUGCCUUGAUCCCCUCCCCCCCCCCAUAUGUAUUUCAUUGGUUUCUAAAAGCAAAUUAUGUUAAAAGUAAUUAAGCAAAAAGGUUAGGUCAGUGUUUGAAUUUAGCUACCCAAAAGUAACCCUUUUGUAUACACCCAAGAAUUUUACUUUUCUGAUUGGUCAUGUUUGAUUGUAAUGGUUUUCAUUGCUUUAGUUUUUCUACAGUUCAGUACCAUAAACCCAGCAUCUUGUGUCUAAGCUCCCCAAACUCACCAGUUUGAUGUUGUGCCUAUUUUCUGUAUGAGGAACCUAUGGCUUUCCAGAUGUUGCUGGACUGCAACUUCCAUCAGCCCUGGCUGAGACCAGCAACAUCUGGAGGGCUACAGGUUGUCCACCUGUUCAAUAGCAAGAAUAAAACUCACUUGAGAUUAUCCCCACUACCUGUUGAAAA